AUGCGGCUCAACACCACAGCAGUUGCCGGCCUUGCUGCGCUCUCCCUAGCCGCUGCAGAGCACCAGCAUCAUCACCACCACCACCACCGCAGGGUCCAUGACCAUGGCCACGCCAACAACCUCGCCGCCAGGUCGCUUAACCUAGCGGGCCAGACGGUCACAAUCGUAGACCACACACGCACCAAAGCCACCUCGCUUCCCGAGAUUGUCGUCUUUGUCGACAAGCAUGGCACGCCCGUGACCACCGCGGAGGCCACGGUCGUCCUCGUCCCGCCCACCAGCAGUGCGUCGGCGGCGGGCCUGGCAGCGCAUCAGGCCUCCGGAACCCGUACGGUGACUGGAGUGCCGGCAGCUCCCACAGGUGGCGCGCCGCCCCAAGGUCCCGGCUCGCCCGUCAAUAAUGCCACGGGCUCUGGUCUCUUCGGAGUCGCGUACGCGCCCUACAACGCAGACGGGGGUUGCAAGUCGGCCACGCAGAUCAUGCAGGACUUUGGCGUCAUCGGCAAGACUUACGGGUUCGUGCGUGUGUAUGGUAUGGACUGCAACCAGAUCCCCAACGUCUACGCCGCCGCCAAGGCCAACAACCUCAAGGUGUUCUUCGGCAUCUUCAGCCUCGACAACCUGGGCGACCAGGUGGCCACGCUGGUGCAGGGCAUCCAGAAGGACUGGUCGAUCGUCGACACGGUCAGCAUCGGCAACGAGCUGGUCAACAACGGGCAGGCGUCCCCGCAGCAGAUCCUGGACGCGCUCAAGAGCGGCAGGGCGCUGCUGCAGCAGUCGGGCUGGACGGGCCCCGUGGUGACGGUGGACACGUUCGUGGCCGUGCUCGCGCACCCGGAGCUGUGCAAGGCGAGCGACUACUGCGCGUGCAACAUCCACCCCUUCUUCGACCCCAACACGGCUCCGGGCCAGGCGGGCGUGUUCGUGGCCAACCAGGUGCAGAACAUCCGCAACAAGCUCGGCGACCCGUCGGCGCGGGUGCGCGUGACCGAGUCGGGCUGGCCGUGGCAGGGGUCGGCCAACGGGCAGGCGGUCCCCGGCGUCGACCAGCAGGCGGCGGCUAUCAGCAGCAUCCGGGCGGCCUUCGCCAGCAACCCGCAGGACAUGGUGCUCUUCUCGGCCUUCAACGACCUGUGGAAGAAGGCGGACCCGCCGACGUUCUAUGCGGAGCAGUACUGGGGGAUAGGAACUGCCAAUGCUCCGUCUGCGUGA